CGAACUGAACUGGAGUCCACCCUGCCGCGAACUAUCCCAACCACAAGUACCCUGUACUGGUAUAUAUCACACCAAUAAUAAACCACUGCAAAGGGAGUUCAACAACAUGCCAACGUUGCCAAUUGAAUUCGACUACAAUGAUACCUAUCACGAGUCCAAUAAUUAUGUUUAUUUGGUUGAUCUCCAAGCCAUGUCUGCUUUGCAGGCCUUGGUCGUGUCGGAUGCACCACUAAAGAUGAUCCAGUUGGUCUAUGACGCAGAUCCAUCUGCCAUGAACGAUGAUGUCUUCCUGGAUGCAUGUCGACAUAACACAAGCCGUGAUGUGAUUGAAUUUCUCAAGGAGCUUGUAGCAGAACCCAGUGUGUAUUUGAAAGCAAAAAUUGCUCAAGUUAUGGUGGAUCUUUUGGACAAUAGACGCAACCAGAAUGCUGACAAUUUUGUGGCCCUCUUCAAAAUGUUUCCAGAAGCCGCAUACUACAAUGAGCUCCCAGGUGAAGUUUCUGGCCCUUUUCAUGCCGUCUUUACCGAUAAUGAAGGAUAUUGGGGGGGUCAUCUGCAUGAUGAUGUCCUGUGUGACAUGAUACGGCACAUUCCAGGUGAUGUCGAGUUCAUCGAAAUUGGAAGCUUGGAUAGAAUUUGGGAUGCUGAAUCGAAAACAGAGUGCAGAUCUUUGUUGGCGGCAAAGUUGAAAGAACUCAAAAAUCUCAAAGGAUUGGAAGUGCCUAUUGAAGUGGGAGACAAUUUGGAUCAAAAUCUGGUCAAAGCAAUUUGCGACUUGAUAUCAUAUGGGCCAAUGGAGACCCUUAGAAUCAACAGCAGUGGAUUUGAGGACAACAUAUAUGAAGAGUCAGGGGGAGACAGUGGAGGGAAAGACCAACAGAGUGGGUUCUUUCUGCCAAUUCUAGAUGUUAUUGCUGCUUCUGGGCUGAAACAUUUUUCGUUGCCCGACUGUUUUCAUCUUGUGGAAGAGUACCGAGAUCGCAUGAUUGAGAUCCUACAGUGGAAUACAUCUCUGACUGGUGUCGCCAUUGGGGAUGUUUCACAUUUUGAUAAGGCAAGUUUGAAGGAUAAGAAGGCGUUGAAUGACAAGGGAUUGAUUGACCAUUACACAACAUUGAACGAGUAUGGCAGGGGUGUGAUGCGAGACCCAAAGAUGACAAUGCGAGCUAUUGUAGAUCUGUUGGACAAGGCAACAUCAAGCUAUAGAGACUUUGUUGGCCGCUACCCUCGCCCUCACCAUCACCCUUACAGGACAGUGUUGUAUAAAAUGGAUGACAAAGAGCUAUCCACUGUCCGGGUUCUCAAUGGGCUGUUGAGGGAGGCACCUGGCAAAUGGAGUGGUCAAGCUUUGGAUGAAGACAAUCAGAACAGCAAGCCGUCUGCCAUGAGUCCGCCAAAUAGGAAACGCAAAGCCUCCUAUUCCCUAGACCGAAGCACUUCCUUGGACUAGCCCUUUUGUAACUUGACCACCUACCGUAUCUUGUAGCACGUAAUGUAGCCAAUCAAGAAUUUAAUGUAACUAAAAUCCUCGUCCUUAUUAGCAGUGCUACUAUUAUGG